GCAGGCAGGCAUCAGCACAGGAGGGGGGCAAGUUGACGGCUACAAGACGCAGUUCAUUCAUUUUUCCCAGGCUUCAUGGAGACACCGGCGCCGCUGCUGCCGUCUGGACGGAGAGUUGCUUCACUUUCUCCCGCCCGCCGCUAAACUUUUCCCCGGCUGCUCGAACACCAUGGACCCGCCACGGACGGACACCGGCGCUUCGGUACGGCAUGCAAAUACGUACUCUGACGUCGGCGAUCAUGUGGCUUUUGGCGUAGAUCCUCCUUGUGAUCGCCAAUUUUUUCUUUCCUGUCGCCUGUUGUCUGCUCGGUUAUCGGGCCGCCGCGACGCCACCACGGUGCGACUCGAAAGCGACUCGGCGGUUUAAGCAGCGAGCUUCGGGGAGCUUCGUAGCGACACUACCUGAGCGUCGCGCCAAAAUAAAACGGUGGGCAGGUACCUUCCUGUCAUGCAGUUCCAGGAGGUUGGCCAACACUGGAGCUGACACUGUCAGCGAGCCCAGCCUACACUACAACAGCUCCAUCUCCUCCAGACCUUCACCUCCUACUGCCCUCUUCUCUCUCCAGCCACUAAUUUUACCCCAGGGGAGGAUUAUUCUUUAGCGCCCUUGGCUGCCGAGUCCAAUCCCAGAAACUGUCCUGUGCUUGCUACCUCUCCCAGCAUAAGAAGAGCCCGUAUCUGCAUUCUGCUACGAGCCAGUCCUCCUGGCUGUGCUUCAGCACCUUAGACCGUCUGUAGUCCUGCAUCCUGGGAUCUUCUGCCCUAACCGCCUUUGCAGGAUCCGUGGCCAAGCACAACGUGAGGGCAGCUGUCCACCAGGAAGAAUCCGGGAUCUACAACCAUCAUGUCGAGUCGACGUAAAGCCUCCACGCCCUGUAUGAUCCGACCAGACCAGACCAUGGUGGAGCUGGAUGAUGAGGCAGAGGAGUCAAACAGCAUGGAGACGACAACAGAGAACCAUACUCAGGGGGCACCUAUGGAUACAGAUCUUUCAACACAAGCAGAGCCAUCAGCGGGCUCAGAUGUAUUGGGAAAGGCCUCGGACCCUCCCACAGCUCCUGACAAACCAGCGGCGGAGCCACCAGACAUUUCAAAGCCUCAGCGUAGACAGCAGGGGGGCUACGAGUGCAAAUACUGCCCCUUCUCCACGCAGAACCUCAACACCUUCAAAGAGCACGUAGACGCCAACCACCCCAACGUCAUUCUCAACCCGCUGUACCUGUGCGCCGUCUGCAACUUCAACACGAAGAAGUUCGACACCCUGACAGAACACAACGAGCGGUGUCACCCCGGGGAGAGCAACUUUAAAUUCAAACGCAUCAAAAUGAACAAUCAGACAAUCCUCGAACAGACAAUAGAGGGCUGCAGCAACAAUGCAGUCAUUUACAACACUUCUGGUGCCAUUUCUGGCAAAGGGGAUGAACUAGGCACUUUGCCGCUCAGCAAACCCACCACAGUCAAGAUCGGUAAACCAAAAAUAAUGUCGUCGGAUAACAAACGGACAGAGUCUCAGUUGGUUAAACUGACCCCAGAUCUCACCAAGAAACCGGUCACGGCGCUCAACGUGAACGGGACGGUCAUCAUACCGGAGUCGACUCUACUCAAAGCAGAUGGCCUUUCUCACAUCAUGCCUUCCCUACAGCGGCCUCUAAACUAUACCCAGGUGCCGAAGAUCGCAGUGCCCCUCAACACAACCAAAUACAACCCCUCCCUGGACGACAACCUGACACUCAUCUCCUCCUUCAACAAGUUCCCCUACCCAACACAGGCCGAGCUGUCCUGGCUCACCGCCGCCUCAAAACAUCCAGAGGAGCAAAUCAAAGUCUGGUUCACCACACAGAGGCUCAAACAGGGCAUCAGCUGGUCGCCUGAGGAGGUGGAAGAAGCCAGGAAGAAAAUGUUCAAUGGUACAAUCUCCUCCGUGCCUCAGACUUUCACCGUGGUUGCACCUCAGCUCAACUCAUCGACCAACCAGUCUGCCCCCUUGUCAUCGUCCAAACCCAUGCAGCCGGCAGCCUCUGUCCUCCAGUCCCUCCCCUGUCAGCUGUUGGGGCAGACCAGCCUCGUGCUGACUCCUGUAGCCAACGGAUCUACUGUCACUUGUGCACCGCUGGCACUCACGGUGGCAAACCAGGUGGCACAGUCGCUCAAACGACCUUUGGCCUCUCCUGUGAUCGCCACAGAGAGCAAGCGACCCUCUAUCAUCCAGACCAUCUCUGCGCCCAUGGCCACUUCCAAGCUGGCAUCACCCAAAGUGCUGAGUUUCACAGUUGACCCCAAUAAAACAGCAGAGCAGCUGUCAGUGCUAAGGUCCAGCUACACACAGUGUCCCUUCCCUGAGGAAGAUGAGAUCUACAGACUGAUAGAAAACACUGGGCUUUCCAGAGGAGAGAUUAAGAAGUGGUUCAGUGAACAGAGACUCCUCAAUCUCAAAGGUGUUCCUCCACCACCUGUGCUGGUGAAAGCAGAGGUGACACCACCACCACCACCACCACCUAAAGAUGGCCCUGUAAAGAAAGCAGUCCCCAACCAGUUCCCGCUGCUGGAGAGAGUGAAGGGGAAAUCGUCAGAGCAGCUGAAGGCGCUGGAGGAGAGUUUCCAGAGAAGCAGCUCUCCAACGGAGACAGCACUAGACCAGCUGGCCCAGGAGACCAGGCUGUCCAAGACGGAGGUGGACUGCUGGUUUUCAGAGCGCCGCGCACUGAGAGACAACAUGGAGAAAGCUUUGCUCACCAUGGCCUCGAAGAACUCGGAGGACAGAGCAGAGCGGCCAGGAGCGCUGCUGAACGGAGCCUCCCACCGAGAGCAGGACGGGAAAUCUCUGCACUCCUCCCCCCACCCGCCCGUCCUCUCCUCCUCCUCCUCCUCGUCCUCCCCUCCCGUGCUCGCAGCUUCCUCCCCUCGUCCACCGACCCACUCCUCCUCCGCAUCUCCCCCCAUCCUCACUACGUCCUGCUCCUCCUCCCCCCAUCCUCCCAUCCUGUCGGCCUCGGCGAGCCCGGCUCCCAUCAGCAGCCGCUCACUCACACUGCUCAGGGAGAUGUUCUGUCGGACUCAGUGGCCAUCUCCUGAGGAAUACAGCCAGCUGGAGGUCCAAACAAGCCUGGGACGCACCGACAUUGUCCGCUGGUUCAAGGACCACCGCUCGGCGCUGAAGAACGGGGAAACUCUAGACUGGAUGGAAGGUUUCCAAAAUCAAAACAUUGCCGAGCAGCAGAAAGCAGGCCAGGAACAGAACGGCCAGAGUUCUGAGAAAAACCAGAGCGCUUCCUUGGAAGUCAAGGCUUUGAAAGUGGAGGAGGCUGGUGAGAAGGUAGCAGCUACAGAGCAAUCCAAACAGUCUGAGCAAGACAAAGUCCAGUGGUUGGCUGACAGGCUCUCCCACCGUGUGACGGACCUGAGCCGGACCAAGCAGGAGCAGACCAGCCCUAAUAGUGCUGACAAAGGGAGGUGGGUAAAGGUGACUGUGGCGGUGGGGGAGGAGAGCGAAGGAGGAGUGGAAAGACCGAGGCUGGCAACGGACACUGACGUCCUGACCUUGGAGCAACCGGGGAGGGUCACUGGUUGAUGGUAGAGUAAAUCAUUGACUGCUGAGUCAUUGGCCACCAUGAGACGACUCAAGAUGACCAAACGUGGAACCGGUGAUGUCUGCCUGUGAUGUCAUCACAAAGCGACAGAGACUUUGGAGUUCCACUGUUGAAGCGCUGAUGCGAGGCGCAGACGCCGACAUUAAGAGGAGUGCCAAAGCUGGACUUGAUGCAUUGUUCUUACUACUACGCUUUUUUUCUUUUCUUUUUUUAAAAAAAAGAAAUACCCCUUGUAAAUAUUUUUCUGUAUUACAAAAAAAAAGUUUGUACAGUUUUACUGGGAGGGCAAGUUUUGUUACAUUUUUAAAAAAAAGUCUGACUGACUGUUGCCCCCAAAACCUGGAAUGUUUUUCGUUGUUGUUGUUUUAAGAACAAAGUGUAUUAUAGUCUGUUAUUUGAUGAAAAUCAGUCCUAUUUUUUUGAAAAUCAUACAUGCGCACUGCUCGUUUAUGAGUAGACUUUGAUGGCACUUGCUUAUAUCCCCGUGGUAGUCGUAGAUAUCCUCAUUACUAGACCGCUUCAUCGCAAACUGUAACUUUUCCUGCAGCGUCACCUUAACUUGCCCUCGUUAAAGUUACAACGGUGACAGUGGAGAUCACUCUGAAGUGCUAGAGGGGCAAGUAGAAGGGGCAAUCUGAACACACAGCUCACUGCUGAGAGACCAGAGAAUGAACACAAACAGCCAUAUGGUCAGACCGAGGCUAACAGCGUUUGGACGGAUGAAUGAACACACUGUACAUCCUCAAUGCCAGUGUCUUUUCUCGUGAGCUGGUUCUUGCAUCAGUACCUGAGGCUGAAACAGUACAGAAUGUUCGCUUUCCUGAUAUAGCAAUUAUUAAUUACAAAGAGCAGAAAGUGGAGUGUCUGUUCGAUCACACCAUGCUGCCUUUUCAGCGCCUAUCUGACAUUUCCUGUUUGCCUCAGAGGUGGGUGGAGUACAUAUUGGUUGAUGACUUAAGCUUAUCAAUUGUUUUUAAAAAAAGAAAGGAAAAAAAAAAAACUUGAACUAUUCAUGACUGAACCUGCCAAGAGGAUACUGGUGAAAAUGUUUCACGCAUGAUAAAAUAAUCAAAGCUCCUUUAUUUGAGCCAUUUCAGAUAUCCAUUUUGCUCAGCUGUGAUCUGUGAACACACCUCGUCUUUUCUCUCGGCUUUAGGUAAGUUCUUCUGUUCCAAGCAGGGACAGUUGAUUUCUGUACAGGCAGUUCAGGACAACCAAAAUGGGGGUUCAUGAAUGUUAAAGAUGCAGAGAAGAAAAAAAAAAAGACCAAACAAUGCUGAUUUUCUGAAAAACAGCAAAAAGAAGAAAAAGAAAAAAAGAGCAUUUGGAAUGUUAAAACAGCCAAAGCUGUCAUGAACUGCUUGCAUUUCAACAACUUUUUAACUCAUUUUCAAACAUGAUUUAAAACAAUAGCUGUGAUUACUGGAUCAAAUUACAAGUCCAUGCAGUAUUUGUGCAGGCCAAGAAAGUUAAGUUAGCCAUUUAACCCUGGUUUGAACAGCAGGUGUAUUUGCUGUUUUUGCUGGCUGAAUGUCCGUUGCUGCUGCUGCUGCUGCUACUGCUGCUGCUGCUUUAGUUUCAUGUUCAGACAAGUAUCUGGGAUACUGUACGUUUGGUUGGCUGGAACGGAAUACCGCUUGCAUUUUCAUUUUCUACUUUUAAGUCUGCUGUAACUCAAUAAAAACACAACCAACUGCAAAA